AUGGACAUCCGUGAUAAUGUCACAAAAGGCACUUUCUACAAUUUGGACCGCAUGAAUGUAUGGGCCUUCUGGCUCAUUUGCAUACUUUUACUACCACAAACCAGUGCCUACAGACUGAAAAAUUACUAUGGCCCGGCCUUUGGAUUGAGCGCUGAUAGUCCCAGAUUCUAUAGUAAUUUAGACCAAUUUGAGGAGUUACAGCCGGUGGAAAUGCCCUCACGGGCAGUGGGCAGGGACACUAGGCGCCUUUACGUUCUAAAAAUAGAGGAGCUCAGGAGGCUAAUGCCAAAUUGCGAAGAAGAAAUCAAUGCCUACGAAAGAGCAUCCCGUGAACUAGAUGCCCUCAUUACUAAACGCCAACUGCUUAGUCAUAAGAUUGCCCAGUCCCAUCAAGCACAGGGAGGGGGGGGAGAGGCGACUGAACCAGAGGAGAGAGGAAAAUUGAAGGAAAGUGCGGUAAAGCUACGAAAAGAGAUAUAUUUUAAGCAUAAAGAACUGGAUCGUAUCAAAAAACGCCUAAAUAUUAUAUAUCUCAGCCUCCCCUUUGACAAAUUACAUAACAUUCCUACAGACUACCCGAUAACUCUCAACCUUUAUUCGCACAGCGCACACUUAAUGAAUGCUGAAAUGGAUGAAGAUAAGCUGCUUUCCAAGAACAUCAUUCGCAAAAACAACCCAAAUAUACGUGACAACAAGGGCUUUCUAACGCAUGAUGAAAUUUUAGAAAAGUUCAGGCUUCCAUGGCAAAAGGACGUUUCUCGAAUGCUGCGGACGUUAGGGGGCGAGCUGACCCUGCUGGAAAAUGCCCUAAUUAACUACCUUUUAUGGGCUAAUAUCAAUAUCUUCGGUUUCACACCCAUUUCCGUCCCAUACCUCUCCUACGAAAGUGUAUUCUACGGUACGGGGCACCUGCCCAAGUUUCAGGAAAACCUUUUUUCCAUACACCAAAAGGACCGCCCCUCUGCGCUAUAUCUUAUUCCCACUGGUGAGGUUCAACUUUUAGGGAUGCUUAGCAGGCAGACCCUCACCUCGGAUCAGCUACCCAUUAAGCUGAUGGCCUACACCCAAUGCUUUCGUAAUGAAAAGGUGGGGUAUGGGACUGAGUCCAAAGGGUUAAUAAGGCAAUACCAGUUUGGAAAGAUCGAGCUUUUGGUGCUGACUGACAAGAAAAGCAGUAGUUAUUGGCACUCAUUGCUCAUUUCUCAGGUGGAGUUUUUGAUCAGGUCCCUUUCCCUCAGUUACACGACUGAGUUAUUGCCUGUACACGACACACCUAUUUCUAGCGCGGCAACUGUGGAUGUAAAGGCGUUUUUUCCCGCUAAAAAUGAAUAUAUCGAACUUUCCUCCAUCAGCAACACUUUGAAUUAUCAGUCAAGCAGGUUGGGAUUGAAUAUUAGUGGACAAAAGGGCGGAUGCCAUAUCCUCAACGCCUCAGGGUUGGCCAUUGGGAGGUUACUUGCUUGUAUUUUGGAAUCAUACCAAUGCACCACUGAGGACGGAGUUUUCAGGAUCAAGAUUCCCAAGCCCCUGCGUCCAUACAUGAAAUAUAGAAAGUACAUAACACCUCCCUUGAAUAACAAGACACAACACGUAGUCUAA